CACAGGAUAAGUGUUCUGUGGUCACUGUCACUAGUGUCUAUUUGUGUUGUGUGUAUUUUACGACAUGUAGAAGAGGAAGUUUUUUUAUUUACAAUUUACGAGUUGAUAAACAAAUAUAAAUAAUAAUAAUUAUUAUGUCGGAACCAGAAAACUGGGCUAAUGCCGAUGACGAGGAGAAUGAUCCGGAUUAUGUGCCUCCAGCAGAAAUGGAAAAUGGACAUAUUACGUCUGAUUCAGAAGAUGAAACAAAUACUUCAGAAGAGGAACUUCCACCAGUAUCCCAAGAAGGAGAUUUUGAUACAGAUUUACCUACAGCUCAUAGGUAUUUAGGAAAGUUGGAUAAUGUCAGAGGUUACACUCUCUAUGAUGAUGGACAAGUUAUUAAUAUUCUGGCAAUAUACACAGCUACUAUGGUUUUUCCGGGUUUCACCCUUCCAUUAGUAAUAAACACAUUCAUGGAAACGUCAAUACUUCCUGAAUUUCUUGAAAAAAACAAUGUGUUUGUUCUGCUUUGUGCAAAUUCAACAUUCAAUGGAAUCUUCAAUUAUGGAGUAACCAUGGAAGUAUUUGAAACUCAACAGAGAGACAAUGUUUUGAGCAUCAAAGCCAGAGGUAGGCAGAGAUGCAAAAUAGUACCAGGGUCUGAAAUUAAGAAUUUAACUGGUAGACUGAAGCAUGUGACUGUACAAAUCAUUGCGGAACCAGAAAUAUCUACUCCUUUAUGUGAUACACAAAUGAUAAGUUUGAAACAGAAAAGACUGUUCACUUCUACAUUGUAUGGUGAUUUAAUGAAGAAUUAUAAGUAUAGAAGGUACCAUAUGGCACAGUUUCCUAUAUCAUCUUGGGUUUAUGAUAAGAACGAAAUAAGUUACUAUGUGAAAUUAAUACUUGAAUGUCUUGCUCACUAUGUGGGAGAAUAUAUUCCUGAGGAUCCUAUAAAAUUAAGCUAUUGGUUUGUCCAGAAUUAUCAGUUAAGCCAUGAAGAACGUUUGCACAUUUUAAAACUGAAUUCUGGAUUGGAGAGACUGAAAUUGGAGUACAAAUAUUUAAAACUGGAGAGAAGCAUGUGUUGCAACAGUUGUGGUAUUCAAAUUACAGACCCUAGUAAAGUAUUCGCCAUGUCAAAAGAUGGAAUUCAAAGCAACUAUGUCAACCCAGGUGGACACGUGUACGAGACUGUAACAGUCAUGACAGCACAAAAUUUUAAAUUGGAAGGACAACCAUCCAGGCAGUUUUCUUGGUUCCCAGGAUACGCGUGGACGAUAAUGCAGUGCAAGAGUUGUGCCAAUCAUCUCGGAUGGCAAUUCACAAGCAAUACUCUAAGGCCUCGUUGCUUUUACGGCCUCGCUAAAAUCGGCUUCAAAGUUGUUAUACAUAAAAAAGCCUCGUCCGAAUUUGAGUUUUAUCAAUCUAGAAGCACAACGUUCGCCAGCGAUUACAUACCCGUAUAAACUUAUAGGUUAGAAUUUGCUUAAAAACGUUCAUAAUGAGGGGUAAUAUUCCAAUGCUCACCAGAUGGCGAUGCUAAGACGUGCGGUCCAACCGACAAGCUGUCAAAAUCUAGAAACAUGGUUUGGAGACUUGCCGUAUUAAAAAAUCAGGACCAAACUCGAUGAUUAAAUAAAAUGUGAAAUGUAAUUGUAACCUUUAAGUUCAACAACAGAACUUGACAUUUCAGAAUCAAAUGAACGAACCAAAGUACAUUCGAACAGAUCUUAAAUCUGGCAACAUUGUAUUAAAACUAUCAAAUUAAGUUAGGCGAAUUUGGCGGCGAGUUUAAAAAGCAAUAAUUAACUUUUAACUUGGAUGAUAAUACAUUUAGUAAGGAAUAAACGCCUUUUAAAGAAACCGGAUUUAUUUUUUAAGCCCUUAACAAAUUUAUAAAAAAAAAUCGUCACAGCCCCAUAAAUUGUUACCUAAUCUGCACCAGCCUUAAAGUGUCAUUGGUAUUUGUGGACCUUUCGUCUCAGUAACGCCCUCUAGAGGCAAAUCAACUACGGUUAGCCCUCAUUCGAUUUAAGUUCUGUCUCAUUGUGUUUCAGUAUUUAUGUGGCAAAUUAUUUCGAUAUAAUUAUGUGAUAUAAAUUAAUUCAGUUUGUCUUUUAAGAUUAUGAUUCUUUUUAGCCAAACAUUGGAUAGAUACAGCUCACUAAUUACGUAGAUAAUGAUAACACAUACAUCACCCAUGCAACAAAUUGUAUUUAUUUUUGUGUAAGAUUAACAGAACAACCCAUCUUUUUUAAGUGUUUAUUUUUUGAAAAUGAAAUGAUGUUUUGAUAACUUACUAGUCAAAAGCAUGUAUAUUUGUAAUAUUGUGUAUUAUAAUGUAAAUGGAAUAAAGUUAACUUAAAUUAAGUUCA